AAGGGAGGUCCGCUCGGCCGGGCGCGCCGCCCCAGUGCUCUGUGGGAUACUGGAAGUCUCGAGCGUCUCCUCCCGGUUCCCAGCCCUCCUCUGGCCCUCACUCAUAGAAACAUUCACACACCCCCUGCCUCCCCUCUCUUCCCUCUCCGCCUCCCCCUUCCCCCCCCCCCUCGCGAUAAGAAGACCCGGCGGCAGGAGAGGGGAUGAAGAUGGCGGACGCAAAGCAGAAGCGGAACGAGCAGCUGAAGCGCUGGAUCGGCUCCGAGACGGACCUUGAGCCACCGGUGGUGAAGCGCCAGAAGACCAAGGUGAAGUUCGACGAUGGCGCCGUCUUCCUGGCUGCUUGCUCCAGCGGGGACACGGACGAGGUCCUCAAGCUGCUGCACCGCGGCGCCGACAUCAAUUACGCCAAUGUGGACGGACUCACUGCCCUGCACCAGGCUUGCAUUGAUGACAAUGUUGAUAUGGUGAAGUUUCUGGUAGAAAAUGGAGCAAAUAUUAAUCAACCUGAUAAUGAAGGCUGGAUACCACUACAUGCAGCAGCUUCCUGUGGAUAUCUUGAUAUUGCAGAGUUUUUGAUUGGUCAGGGAGCACAUGUAGGGGCUGUCAACAGUGAAGGAGACACACCUUUAGAUAUUGCGGAGGAGGAGGCAAUGGAAGAGCUACUUCAAAAUGAAGUUAAUCGGCAAGGGGUUGAUAUAGAAGCAGCUCGAAAGGAAGAAGAACGGAUCAUGCUUAGAGAUGCCAGGCAGUGGCUAAAUAGUGGUCAUAUAAAUGAUGUCCGGCAUGCAAAAUCUGGAGGUACAGCACUCCACGUUGCAGCUGCUAAAGGCUAUACGGAAGUUUUAAAACUUUUAAUACAGGCAGGCUAUGAUGUUAAUAUUAAAGACUAUGAUGGCUGGACACCUCUUCAUGCUGCAGCUCAUUGGGGUAAAGAAGAAGCAUGUCGAAUUUUAGUGGACAAUCUAUGUGAUAUGGAGAUGGUCAACAAAGUGGGCCAAACAGCCUUUGAUGUAGCAGAUGAAGACAUUUUAGGAUAUUUAGAAGAGUUGCAAAAGAAACAAAAUCUGCUCCAUAGUGAAAAACGGGACAAGAAAUCUCCACUAAUUGAAUCAACAGCAAAUAUGGACAAUAAUCAGUCACAGAAGACCUUUAAAAACAAAGAGACAUUGAUUAUUGAACCAGAGAAAAAUGCAUCCCGUAUUGAAUCUCUGGAACAAGAAAAGGUUGAUGAAGAAGAAGAAGGAAAGAAAGAUGAGUCUAGCUGCUCUAGUGAAGAAGAUGAGGAAGAUGACUCGGAAUCAGAAGCUGAAACAGAUAAGACAAAACCCCUGGCUUCUAUAACUAAUGCCAACACUUCUACUACACAAGCAGCUCCUGUAGCUGUUACAACACCUACUGUGUCAUCAGGUCAAGCAACACCUACAUCACCUAUUAAAAAGUUUCCAACCACAGCUACAAAAAUUUCUCCCAAAGAAGAAGAGAGAAAAGAUGAGUCUCCUGCAACUUGGAGGUUAGGACUUAGAAAGACGGGCAGCUAUGGUGCACUUGCUGAAAUCACAGCAUCUAAAGAGGGUCAGAAAGAAAAAGAUACUGCAGGUGUUACACGUUCAGCUUCAAGUCCCAGACUUUCCUCCUCUUUGGAUAAUAAAGAAAAGGAGAAAGAUAGUAAAGGAACUAGGCUUGCAUAUGUUGCACCUACAAUACCAAGACGACUAGCCAGUACAUCUGACAUUGAAGAGAAAGAAAACAGAGAUUCUUCAAGUUUGCGAACAAGUAGUUCAUAUACAAGGAGAAAAUGGGAAGAUGAUCUUAAAAAAAAUAGCUCAAUUAAUGAAGGAUCAACUUAUCAUAAAAGUUGCUCCUUUGGUAGAAGACAAGAUGAUUUGAUUAGUUCUAGUGUUCCAAGCACCACAUCAACACCAACAGUUACCUCUGCAGCUGGGCUUCAGAAAAGCCUGCUUUCCAGCACAAGCACUACUACAAAGAUUACAACGGGUUCUUCCUCAGCAGGCACACAAAGCAGUACCUCAAAUCGUUUGUGGGCUGAGGAUAGUACUGAAAAAGAAAAGGACAGUGUUCCUACGGCAGUGACCAUUCCUGUUGCUCCAACUGUUGUAAAUGCUGCAGCUUCUACCACAACCCUGACUACAACUACUGCUGGCACUGUCUCCUCCACAACAGAGGUCAGGGAGAGACGCAGAUCAUACCUCACUCCUGUUAGGGAUGAAGAGUCUGAAUCCCAAAGAAAAGCAAGAUCUAGACAAGCAAGACAAUCUAGAAGAUCAACACAGGGAGUGACAUUAACUGAUCUUCAAGAAGCUGAGAAAACAAUAGGAAGAAAUCGUCCUACCCGAACCAGAGAACAAGAAAAUGAAGAAAAAGAAAAAGAGGAAAAAGAAAAACAAGAUAAAGAGAAACAAGAAGAAAAGAAGGAGUCAGAAACAUCUAGAGAAGACGAAUAUAAACAAAAAUACUCCAGAACGUAUGAUGAGACUUACCAGCGUUAUAGGCCAGUAUCAGCUUCAAGUUCAGCCACUCCAUCCUCUUCACUUUCUACUAUGAGCAGUUCACUCUCUCCUUCAAGUCAACUAAACAGGCCAAAUAGUCUUGUAGGCAUAACUUCUGUUUACCCCAGAGGAAUAACAAAAGAAAAUGAAAGAGAGGGAGAAAAAAGAGAAGAGGAAAAAGAAGGAGAAGAUAAAUCACAAUCUAAAUCAAUUAGAGAACGACGGCGACCAAGAGAGAAAAGAAGAUCUACAGGAGUUUCAUUUUGGACACAAGAUAGUGAUGAAAAUGAACAAGAACAACAAUCAGAUGCAGAAGAGGGAUCCAAUAAGAAAGAAACUCAGACGGAUUCCAUUUCUAGAUAUGAAACCAGUUCUACAUCAGCUGGUGAUCGAUAUGAUUCCUUGCUGGGUCGCUCUGGAUCAUACAGUUACUUGGAAGAAAGAAAACCUUAUAGCGGCAGGCUAGAAAAGGAUGACUCAACUGACUUUAAAAAGCUUUAUGAACAAAUUCUAGCUGAAAAUGAAAAGCUGAAGGCACAGCUACAUGAUACAAAUAUGGAACUAACAGAUCUUAAAUUACAGUUGGAAAAGGCCACCCAGAGACAAGAAAGAUUUGCUGAUAGGUCACUGUUGGAAAUGGAGAAAAGGGAACGAAGAGCUCUAGAAAGAAGAAUAUCUGAAAUGGAAGAAGAGCUCAAAAUGUUACCAGACCUAAAAGCAGACAACCAGAGGCUAAAGGAUGAAAAUGGGGCCUUGAUCAGAGUUAUAAGCAAACUUUCCAAAUAAAAAAAGGAAAAAAAAAAGCAGCAAGUAAUGGAAUUGCACAUAUUAGUAACCCAGUGGACCAUAAUUGGCAGUCACUGGAAGCCUAGGAAGAAUCCUUGGAGACUGUCAUUUUCGGAUAUCCUGCCAAAUGCCCUCUUAAUCUAGAAUUUUUAUUUCAUUUUGUUUAAUUUUCUGGGGUGUUUUUGUUGUUGUUGGUUUUUUUUUUUUUUUUUUUUUUUUUUUUUUUUAAAUCAAGACCAUUGUUUCAUGUUAAUGCAGCUGCUGAGAAGAAUUUUUUUUAAUGACUGAGAAAACUUGUUUACAGCUCCAGCAUAUAAGGAAAGUGUUCAAGGCCAGAUAUGCCUCAGAUAUUUAACCAGUAAGCCUUAGUUGUACAUAAAUACUUUUGUGUCAACAAAAACCUUCAGCUUUCACAGAAGACAGUUACUCAACAUUUUUUGAUGUGCCACAGUUUCCAGUUUUUCGAUAUUUAAAUUUUUUUGGCUUUUCAUCUAAGUUUAGGUUUGUAUUUUUUCCUUCUAAACUCUUCAUGUGGCAGAGUCUUCUAUGUUUUCACAGCUUUUUCAUUUACAGAUAAGAACACUUGCUCUUCUGUGAUUAUUGUCAUGUAUUAGGCUAAUGCUAUGUUGUCUCCCACCUGGAACUGAAUUGCUUGGUGGAACAUGCUUUCACUGUUUGUGCAAUAUGCAUUUAUUUCUUACAUGAAUGCUUUAAAGUCAUUUGAGAUUAGAUCUUUUAAUUCCCAUUUUCUGCUUCAUUGGUCACUUUUUUGUUUUUAUUGUAGUAUAAGAUGUUAGAUUCUGUAAUCUUCACAUUCAUUUUAGCAGGUACUGAGUGAUGCUGUAUAUACAAAUAAGUGUAUUGUUUUGAUUUUUAGACCACCACAUGGCAUGCUUGACUAUUUCUUAUUUCAAAUGUCUGCUAAUGCAGAGUAGGCUACUCCAUGAUAGUGUUAAAAAACAAAAUUUGCUGACAAUGUGAUAUAAAGACUUUAAAAGUUACAUAUUAUGUGGAGCCCUAUCUUUACAAAAGUUUCCUACUGUAAAGUGCUUUUAUUUUCAGUUUUCAUUUGAUAGUACUCAACCAUAAUUAAAGUUGCGUAAGAUAAUUGCUUUACAUUUCACAUACCUAUAUUUAUCUGAGUGCUGUCUAAAACUGUUGUGCUAGCCAAAGUAAUGCUAUGAAAUCAUUUGCAGAAUUAACCCGUGAGUUAAUGUUAAAUGCACUGUUAUUGCCAUGUGAAGAGGCAUCGACUUUGAUACCACCAUCAUGUUCAGACCAUUUUAUACAUUUCAGUGGCCUUUUUUUUAAGGAAAAAAAAAGCGCAAAACCAAGUACAUAGUGAAGAUGGCUUUUAUUUGGACAAAUAGCUUUUAUAUUUUCAUUAAACCAUGCAAAAAAUACUACAUCUUUCUGGCACAUAACUGUCUCCUUAACCACUGAACAGUUCAGCCAUUUGAAUAAAUUGUACAUUGUAAAGCUUAUAGUAGCUGAUUGUAUUAUUGAUUGUAUUGUAUACUAUAUUAAAUGUGAAUUUGUACCCCUUCAUUUUAAAAGGUCAUUGUGUUCUACUGCCUAUUUUAGAUUACUUUGGGGUUGGGGAAGGUGUUUUGGUAAGCAGGAUUUUAAGUCCUCUCUCUCUUGAUUGGUUUUAUGAAGAUAUAAGGUUAUGCUCUUACUACCAAGCUCAGGAUUCUUGAUUUUAAAGGUACAAGGAUAGUUGUGGGAGUUUUAUUUUUGGUUAUAUUUGAACUGUAUGAAUGGUGGGUCUGAAUAUUGAGAAUUAACCAUGGUCUUAUGUGGAGGUAAAAUAUACAGAUAACUGAUCAGUUUGAGUGACCGCAACAUGUUCUGGUUGCACAACAGUUAGGCAUGCUAUGGUUUAUAUUUGUGAAGUUUGGAUGCCUGUGAAGAAUGAUUAAAUACAUGUUUCUAAUAUUUUAGUGUUUUGUAUUUAGGUUAUUUAUUCUUUGUAUCUAAAACUGAACAGCUACUGUGCUAUAUUGAUUUUAUUGGUAGUAUUGAGCAGACCUUGUUUCUGCAUGAAACUAGUUGCAAAACCCACUAUUUUGGAAAUAAAAAUGUAUUUUGACAUAUACAAAUAAAAUGAAUAAAACUAUUUUAAAUGUGUGAACUUUUAAUGAAGACAUUUUAAAUUUUGUUCUGAGAUAUUUAAAUUCUGCAUGGGUAUUUUUUCACUGGUUGCUUUACUUGGAUACCAAUUUGAAUAAUUUCUGAAAUUGUAAUAUUGUGAUAAUUUGCACAGCAUUGUACAUGCACAUCUGUAAAUGCAAUCUUAAUUGCCAUAUUUAUGCAAUCUGUGUACCAAUUUGGACAAAUGUUUAUAUAUUUUACAUAAAGCUAUCUGUAUGCAGAA